AUGACUGUAGAAGAUCCUGGCGCUCCUGCUGCCGACAACGGCGAGUUCUGGCUCUUUGGCUACGGGAGCCUGAUAUGGAAACCACCGCCACACUUUGGCAAGGUAUGUCAGGACCACCGCGGGACCCCCGAAGCACCGGGCCGCGUGGUGACCCUCAUUGAGCGGUCCUUUUGGGAGACUCUGCCUGAUCCGCACUCGUCCGCAGACAAAGUCUGGGGUGUCGCGUACAGAAUCAAGGCAGAACAUGUCGAAGAAGUCAAGGAGUAUCUAGACAUCCGCGAGAUCAACGGGUACACCAUCCACUACACACCCUUCUCCCCAGCCUCGGACCCAGAAAAGCCCAUCCGGACGCUCGUCUACAUCGGGACCCCGGACAACGACCAGUUCGUCGGCCCACAAGACAUCCAGGCCCUGGCAGAACACAUCUACCGAUCAGAGGGGCCGAGCGGGCUGAACCGGGAUUACCUGCUGGGUCUCGACAAGGCGCUGGAGGAAUUAAGCCCCGAGAGUGGCGAUGAGCACGUCACGGAUUUGUCGAAGCGUGUCAGGGCGAUAAUAUCUCGCGAGGAGGAAAGUGGCAGAGGCAAGGGAAGUGUCGAGAGUCCGGCUACUAAGAAUGCUGUUAGUCAGGGGAGUGACGCAGCUGCGGGCGCUCUUCAUGAUUUCAGGAAAGUCAGUAGCGUAGACGAGCAGGAGGAGACUGAGAAGGCCGUUUGA